CAGUAAAUAUGGCAAUCGCUAAGCGAGCCCUGAAGCCCGAGUUUUUGUCACUGACAAUUGCGUUUUUUCUAUUCUCCUUCGGUGGGUUACUGCCACUACUGUACGUCACUGAGAUUGCCGUCAGCGGAGGCAUGCCAAUAGAGAUAUCGCAGUACCUCGUCUGCAUUCUCAACGCUGGUGGAUUUUUGGGUCGUAUUUGUUCUGGAAUUUUAGGAUCACUCAUUGGUAUGUUCAAUGUUUCUGUUAUCCUCACGCUGCUUUGCAGCUUGAUCGUGCUGGUGGUUUGGAUUCUGGGAACUGGGACUGCAGGCGCGGUUGUCUUUGCCGUCCUGUUCGGCUUCGCAUUCAACUUUGUUGUCGCCGCCGUCCCUGUCCUCGUAAGCCAGGUUUCAGAGUUCCAGGAGCUCGGCUUAAGAGUGGGGGUGGUUUGGGGUACAUCCUCCAUCGGGGCCAUCGCGGGGAUCCCAAUUGGAAGUUCGUUGAUCAGGGGGGAUGAGUACGUGAGGAUGAAAGUAUUUGCGGGGGUAUUGAUUGUAGGCGCCGCAUUUUUCUUCGCUUUAAGUAGGUAUUUUGUUGGGGGUGGGGCUGUUUUGAAGAAGGUGUGA